CCCAAGACCCAUUAGUUAUAUGUAGACAGUAAUGCUCAUGGACUCUGAGAUCUGCAGCUCAUCUAGUUGAGUGGGACUUGGCCCCACCCCGUCGUGAUUUUGGGUUUUUGGUCCCUCAGCGUCACCUGCAGCCGAGGGAGAAGAACAGGAGGUGGAAGAGAGGGGCAGCUCUGAGAGAAUAAGCCACAAUCUCUCAUCCGGACUGAGAUUCGACACCCAGAAUGGCCCACAUUGCAGAAGCAACUAGAAAGACAGCGGGCUCUAUCCUCUGGAGUCAAAAGGCCUCAGGAAGUCUGCAGUGUCCCUAUUUCCACCCAUCCUGAGGACAGCAGGGUGGCUGCUAUGCUUCCUGAGAAUUUUCCCAUCAGUUCUGAGAUGCGGAAGGUACUGGAGCAGCACCUCCAAGAGCGGUUCAUUCACCCCCUGUGGGAGCUGCCUGGCAAGAUCCGGAAGACUCUGGAACGAGUGCGGCUCCAGGGUGAGUUACCAGCCAAAAGUCAGACACAGAAGCCUCACCGACCCUCACGGACCAUCAGGUUCCCCCAUGAAAGCAGCCCAGAUGCCCAGAAGGUGGAACUGUGGUGCAGCCAACACCUGGGCAGGGGCCCAAGGGGCUUCAUGGGGCGUGUCCCAGAAGAUCUCUCCAGGGGCUCAGGAAGCCCCCUAAUGAGGUUGCAAGCGGUGAGCUCAGAGGAGUCAGAAAGAAACUUGAGGCUGCCGCGUCACAAUUUACUAGGGGAAUUAGAUAAGAGUGUAGAAAACAUCCCAAAAAGACACCCAAGAAGGACACCGAGGAAGACCGGUGAAGGUCUGAGCUCGGUGAGUGAGCACACAUCCCGGCUUGCUGACAGCUUUGCAUUUCCGAAGUUGGACACCCACCCAGAAACCGGGAAUCGAGGAGACUUAAAGGGCUGGAAACCCCGUGUGAACACCUGCCACGGGACCCCCUUCCUUGAGCUGGACACGCGAGAGAUGCUGGAAGCACAUACUACAAGGUUCUGGGCGAAGCACAGGUGGCGGGCACUCUUUAAGGUCCUGAAGGCCGUAAAUAUCUUCAACCUCAAAAAGGCUCUACCCCUGCCCAUUCUGCACUUGACCUCACCACCCCCAGUCACCUGUGUGUCUGGCAUCCCUGCGAUAGUCAAGUUUCCUGACUAUGUAGGAAAACCCCUUCAGGCCUUUCCCGGAGAGACGGUGGAAACAGAGGAGUCAUCUUCCACUGUGGGGAGGCCUCCCCUCGCUCCCCCACUUGUGUGUGCGGACAAGGUCUGGGGAGGAAGCCCAUUCAGUGAUGACCACAGGCGGCCCAAAUCCUGUCCGACUGGGCAGGAGGGCAGGCAGCCUAUUCAUCACCCCACGCUCAACACCACUGGCAGAACCUGGCAGAAUGGGACUGGGGAGCAGGACCAGAGGGGCGCCCCGGAGCUGGGUCCCUGUUCAGCAAAGGCCAGGGAUGAGCUGAGAAAGGACGGUGGGGGCCGGGCCUCACAGGACCCCUGCAGGAAGGUGACAGCGCUGGAGCCCCAGUAUGUGGGUGUUGUCACUGCCAUGGGCAAUUCCAAGCCCGAAUCUGUGGGUUUUGCUACUCCUGUGGGCAAUUUCAAGCCCCAGUCUGUGCGUGUUGCCACUCCCAUGGGCAAUUCUAAGCCCCAGUACGUGGGUGUUGCCACUACCAUGGGCAAUGCCAAGCUCCAGUACAUAGGUAUUACUACUUCCAUGGAUAGCCUGGCCACCGAGAGCCACGAAAAUGAGUCAUACACCCUGUGGUCACCAAGCCACAAAUCAGUCACUGCCAGGGUGGAUCGGCUGUGCCACACAUCCCAGGCUAACAGCCACACUGCCUGCGGCACUGUCCUCUUCCCAGAGGUGUCUAGUCUGGGCAACCACAAGGUGCUCUAA